AUGCAGCGCGCGGCGCUGGGCGCGCUCGGGGCGGCGGCGCGGGUGAGACCGGGACGCUGGAGCGCGGCCCCGCCGGCGCUGCGGGAGCUGCGGGAGCUGCGGGCGCGCACCGGGCAGCCCGUGCUGCGCUGCCGGGAGGCGCUGGAGCGGGCGGGGGGCGACCUGCGGCAGGCCGAGGCCUGGCUGGAGGCCGAGUCGCGCCGCCGGGGCUGGGCCAGGGCCGCUGCCCCCGGGGCUGCCCGGGCCCGGCAGGGGCGUGGGGUCCUGAGCGAGGGCUCGGCCGCCGUCAUGGUGGAGGUGAACUGUGAGACGGAUUUCGUGGCGCGGACCCCCGACUUCCAGCAGCUGGUGGAGAUGGCGGCCAGGGGGGUCCUGGGGCACUGCCAGGGGGCCUCGGGCACCAAGCUCCUGCUGCCAGAGGAGGAGCUGGCCCAGGUGCGGGCAGAGAACGGGGGGGACCUGCUGAGCGAGCACCUGGCACUGGCCAUGGGCCGCCUGGGCGAGCGCCUGGCACUGCGCCGGGCCGGCUGGCUCCGUGCCCCCCCCGGCGGCUUCGUUGCCACCUACGCGCACGGCUGGGUGCCCGCCGGGCCCGCCGUGGCCAUGGGCACCUACGGGGCGCUGGUGGCGUGCGGGGGGCCGGGCGCGGGGCCCCCCCCGGCCGAGCUGCGGGAGUUGGGGCGCAGGGUGGCGCAGCACGUGGUGGGCAUGGCGCCCACCGCCCUGGGCACCCCCGAGGACGAGCUGGGCGGGGAGAGCGAGACGCGGCUGCUGGCACAGGGGGCACUGAUGGAGCCGGGCGUGCCCCUGGGGCGGUACCUGCGCGACCGGGGCGGCCUCCGCGUGUGCGACUUCCUGCGCUUCCAGUGCGGCGAGGAGCCCCCCCGGGAGCCCCCCCGGGCUGAGGGGGGCGGCUGAACCCCCUGACCCCCCCCUUGUGCCCCCCAUGCCAGGCUGGGGCAGCGAGAGCCCCCCCCCAGUGUGGGGUGAGGCUGAAUAAAGGUGCGGAAUCCA